AUGGCACAGGCAAUCCUUGGCUCUUCCAGCGCCAAGGUCGACAUCGUCAACCCUGAGGCGCUGAGUGACCCGGAUGACGAGCGCAAGCUGUUCGUGGCGGCAUGGUGCAUGCACCCGGACCUGAUUCCCAACGAGAACAUCAUGGCUGUCUUACAGCCAGAGGAGGAGCAUGACGAAGCCAUUGUCACAGCCGGUUCUUUCGACGCCCCACGCCCCCGGACCACCCCAUCGUCGGUGGCACGACAGAUUGAAGAUUACAAAUUGGUUCCCAAGAGGCGUGCUCGACUCGUGGCAAGGAGCAAGCACAGGGCGCGGAAGCUGGAGGUGCAGGCGCGAAAAGUGAUGAUGAAGCGCUUGGGCGUCGACGUCAAAACAGAGCUCCCUAAGAAAGCUUCAUUCGAAGAGUUCUAG